AUGGCCGCGCCGCCUGACCGCGGCCACGCCCCCCGCGCUCCCAUUGGCUGCGCGUGGCGCCGGGGGCGGGGCCGCGCGGGCGGGGCGGAGCUUUGCUCCCUCCGCGCGGGGGGCGGGGCUUCACUCGCUGCGGGGGCGUGGCUUGGGGAGGUCCCGACCAAUCAGGAGAGCGCAGCAGCUCGGGCGGGGAUUGGCCGGCGGUGGGGAGGGGCGGGGCCAGAGCAGGACACGCCCCCUCACGGGCGCAGCGCCCCCCGCGGGGCUCGGGCCGAGGGCACCGGGACCCACCCGGGAGCAGGUGGGGACCGGGACACCGGGACAGGCGGGGGACAGCGGGAGCGGGGGGGCACCGGGACCCACCCGGGAGCAGGGAUGGACGAGCCCGGCGGGAGCCGCGGGGGCUUCCUGGGGGUGGCGCCCCCCCCGUGGGAGCGGCCGGGGCCGCCCCCUCCCCAAAUGGCGGCGGCGGGGGGGGGCGAGCUGGAGUACGUGGACCUGGACGAGUUCCUGCGGGAGCACGGGCUGCCCCCCAGCCCCCCCGAGCCCCCCGCCCCCGAGCGGCCGCCCGCCGCGGGGCCCCCCCGGGCGCUCCCGGAGGCGCCGCCGGCCGAGGCGGAGGGGCCCGGGGGGGGCCCGUUCGACCCCCGGCGGCUCCGCUUCUCGCAGGAGGAGCUGCGGCCGCAGCCCAUCGCCCGCAAGGCCCGCAAGGUGCACGUCCCCGAGGAGCAGAAGGAUGAGAAGUACUGGAGCCGGCGCUCGCGGAACAACGCGGCGGCCAAGCGCUCGCGGGACGCGCGGCGGCUGAAGGAGAACCAGAUCUCGGUGCGGGCGGCGUUCCUGGAGCGCGAGAACGCCGCGCUGCGCGUCGAGGUGGCGGCGGCGCGCCGCGAGCUCCAGCGCUUCCGCGGGAUCCUGGCGCGCUACGAGGCCCGGCACGGGCAGAUCUGAGCGGGGACGGGG